CUGAUAUAAAGCUCGAAGUUAAACAAGGGAGGUAAUUUCGUGCGUGAUUAUUCCAAACAGAACGUAAACAAAUUCUGCACUAUGCAAGAAAAACGAGAGUUCAAACGUCUUCCAAAAGAUGUUGUUCCAUCAAACUACAACAUUCGCCUGAAACCAGAUCUGGAUGCAUUCGUAUUUCAGGGGCAAGAAGCAAUAGAUGUUGAGGUGAAGAAGUCAACAGACACUGUGACAGUCAACUCACUGGACAUCACCAUCAGCGAAGUCACAUACCAUGCAGAUGAAGCUGGAGACAGCUCCUUGGCAGCUGAGGUGUCGAUGGACAAGGAGGCAGAGACAGCCACAUUCAAGUUCCCCUCAGCCUUACAGCCAGGGAAAGGUGUGCUGAAGGUGAACUACACAGGUGAACUUAACGACAAGAUGACUGGUUUCUAUCGCAGCAGGCACACCAUGCCUGAUGGAGGAAAGAGGAUAGGGGCUGUCACACAUUUUGAGGCAACGGGUGCCCGCCGAGCCUUCCCUGGCUGGGAUGAACCUGCAGUCAAGGCCACGUUUGACAUCACACUUGUGGUGCCCAAGGAUAAAACAGCCGUCAGCAAUAUGCCUGUCAAGUCUGACACCCCAGACAAGGACCCCAAAUGGCGUGUGGUGGAGUAUGACAGAACGCCGGUCAUGUCCACAUACCUCGUGGCCUUCAUCGUAGGGGACUACGACUACGUGGAGGGCAAGGAUGCGGAUGGUGUUGUCGUGAGAGUCUAUACACCUGUGGGGAAGAAGGAGCAGGGCAAGUUUGCUCUCGAUGUUGCUGUGAAGACCCUGCCCUUCUACAAAGAAUACUUUGGCAUUCCGUACGGAUUACCCAAGAUGGAUCUUAUUGCUCUUGCAGACUUUCUUAUCGGUGCCAUGGAGAACUGGGCCCUGGUGACGUACAGAGAGACGGCCCUGCUGGUAGAUCCCACCAACAGCUCGGCCACUGCCAAACAACAUGUGGCCCUGAUUGUCGGACAUGAGCUGGCUCACAUGUGGUUUGGUAACCUGGUCACUAUGGAAUGGUGGACCAACUUGUGGCUGAAGGAGGGUUUUGCAUCAUGGAUCGAGUACCUGUGUGUGGACGAGUGUUUCCCUGAGUAUGACAUCUGGACACAGUUUGUCAACAUGGAUCUGGGCCGGGCCCUGGAGCUGGACGCCCUUCACACCAGUCACCCUAUUGAGGUCCCUGUGGGCCAUCCAUCAGAGGUGGACGAGAUCUUCGAUGCCAUCUCCUACUGCAAGGGAGCCUCUGUCAUCAGGAUGCUGCACGACUACCUGGGGGAUGAGGACUUCCGUAAAGGCAUGAACAAGUACCUAACGAAGCACUCCUACCAGAACACGGAGUCCGAGGACCUGUGGGCGUCCCUGGGAGAAGCCAGCGGCAAACCAGUGGCCAAGAUGAUGGACACCUGGACCAAGCAGAUGGGCUUCCCUGUCAUCAAGGUGAGUGAAAGACAGGAUGGAGACAAGUGUGUUCUCACAGUCUCGCAGGAGAAGUUCUGUGCUGAUGGUAACCUACCUAAAGACGACAAGUCCUGUUGGCGGGUGCCCCUCAGCAUCUCCACCGCCGGCAGCCCCUCCACCCCUGUCAAGACCAUCAUGCUGGAGGGACAGAGUUCAGAGGUCACACUGGACAAUGUCAAGGCUGGAGACUGGGUCAAGGUCAACACCAACACAGUGGGUGUCUACAGAGUCCAGUACACCACAGAGAUGCUGGCAGCGUUGAUCCCGGCCGUCAAGGACCGAUCCCUCCCUCCCAGAGACAGACUCGGACUUCAGAAUGAUCUAUUUGCACUGGCCCGAGCUGGUAUGGCGGCAUCAGAGGACGUGUUGAAGGUGGCCGAAGCAUUCAUCAAAGAGGACAACUACACCGUGUGGAACGACCUUGCCCUUAACCUGUCCAGCAUGGCCGUCCUCCUCCAGUACACGGACUGCUACGAUCUCUACAAGGGCUUCGCCCGCGACCUCUUCUCCCAGGUGGCCAAGACAGUGGGCUGGGACAAGAAGGAGGGGGAAAGCCAGCUGACAGCCAUGUUGCGAGAUCUCAUCCUGACCAAGAUGGGUCGUUAUGGUGACGAAUCAACGGUCAUGGAGAGCAGGAAGAGGUUUGAGAGUCACCACAAGGGAGAUAAUGUCAUCCCAGCUGAUCUGAGGGCUCCGGUGUUCAUCACAGUUUUGUCUCAAGACAGAAGGGACGACUUCAACAGGAUGUUGGAGCUCUACGAUAAGGCUGACAUGCAGGAGGAGAAGAUACGGAUAGCACGAGCUCUUGGUGCAGUCAAGGAAGAGGAACUUAUUAAACGUGUCCAUGAAUUUGCUAUCAGUGACAAGGUACGUGCCCAGGACAAGGUGUUUGUGCUAGCUGGGACAACCGGCUCAGCCAAGGGGAGACAACUCACUUGGAACUUUGUUAAGGAGAAUUGGAAAGACCUACGUGAAAAACAUCAUGGCCACCUGUUAACAAGGCUUGUGAAGGCUUCAACACAAAACUUUGCUAGUGAGGAGAUGGCUAAGGAGGUUGAGGAAUUCUUCAAGGCCAACCCAACCCCUGCUGCAGAAAGGACUGUGCAGCAGUCCGUGGAGAACAUCCGACUCAAUGCAAGAUGGAUGAAAGAAUCGGCAGACAAAGUUUGCCAGUUUUUAAAAAACAGAAAUUAGGAUCUUGUGAAAUUGACUAAUUCUUUGGAUGGAACAAAGGUGUCAGGAAUUGAAAAACAUAUUUUUUACAUUUUUUCUGCGGAAACGAUUAUUUUCUUAAUAUUCUUUGGGUUUUUUAUGCCAACAAGCAAAAAUUGCAGAAGUGUUAUGUUGUUAUGGAUAAGUGGUUUGCUAACAAUGACUUCAACUUUUAAUUGCGAUUUACUAAUGCUACAACAAAGAAAUCCAUGAGGAUAUGGCAAUGUGGAGAAUAUUUUUGCAGAAGUAAACCCAGAUGGUUAGAGUUAUCUUCCGGGGGCACGGGUGGCCAAGUCGUCUAAGGUGCCGCAAUUCGCUGUGCAGAGUUGCAUCCCUUACGCACACCAGAAACCUAUGAUUGUGGGUUCGAAUCACGGUUCGCCCCGAUU